AUGGCGGAAGGAACUUUAUUUGGAGGAGGUUUGACUACCAGUUCUUUCACCUCUCGUGUUAAGAAAAUCGUUAAUAACAAUGUCACAGCGUCGACGAACGUACGAAGAAAAAGUCGACAAAGUAACAGGCGGAACAUUCACAGCCGGGUGGUCCUGGAGAAGGUGUUGGGUAUCACCACCUCCAGUAGCAGUGGACUGACCUGUGACCCCAACUCUGGUUUGGUGGCAUAUCCUGCCGGGUGUGUGAUUGUUAUCCUCAAUCCGAAGAAAAACAAGCAAAGUCACAUUUUUAACACCUCCAGGAAAACUUUUAGUGCUUUGGCAUUCGCUCAGAAUGGAAAAUAUUUAGUCACCGGUGAGAGUGGGCAUAUGCCCUGUGUGCGGGUUUGGGACGUGGCAGAGAGAACUCAGGUGGCAGAGGUCCAGUGCCAUAAGUAUGGGGUGGCUUGUGUGGCCUUCUCGCCUAAUGGCAGUUACAUCGUAUCGGUGGGAUUCCAACAUGACAGGACUGUCAGCGUAUGGGAAUGGAAGAAGGGGACUGUCAUCGCGUCCAAUAAAGUAUCCAGUAGAGUUCUAUCUGUGUCCUUCUCUGAGGACAACAGCUAUUUCGUCACCGCCGGAAACAGACACGUGAAAUUCUGGUACUUGGACGCCUCUAAAGAGAGAAGGGUGAACAGCACAGUGCCUCUGAUUGGUCGCUCUGGUUUGUUAGGGGAACAGCAGAACAGCACGUUCUGUUGUUUGGCGUGUGGGCGUGGCAAAAUGGCCAGCAGCACCUACUGUAUCACGCAUACAGGACUACUGUGUCAGUUCAACAGCAGGCGACAGCUGGAUGCCUGGGUUGACCUGAAGACGACUUCGGCGCGGUGCCUGUCCGUGAGCGAGGCGUACGUCUUCUGCGGCUGCGCGGACGGCACGAUACGAGUGUUUAACCCGCACGAUCUGCGCUACGUCACCACGCUGCAUCGGCCGCACUGCCUGGGAGUGGAUGUCACUCAAGGACUUCAGCCUGGGCACCUAUUUGCUGCAAACCCUGAAGCAGAGUACCCAGAUACCUUGGCCUUGACCUUUGACCCCGUGACAAGGCACCUGACGUGCGUCUAUAACGACCACAGCGUGUACGUGUGGGAUGUGCGAGAUGUGAGAAACGUCGGGAAGGUCUAUUCGGCGCUCUACCACAGCGGCUGCGUGUGGAGCGUGGAGACCUAUCCGGGCCUGGAACAGUCGUCAGAGGCCUGCCUGUUGCCUGGGUCUUUCCUCACCUGUUCCUCUGACAACACCAUUCGCCUGUGGCACUUUGACUCUCAGCAGACCCACAGUCAAACCCCAGGCCCCUGCCUUCGCCGCAACCUCUACAGCCAUGACCUGGUGAAAAUCGUGUACGUGGAUGAUGACGUGCAGCGUCUGAGGUCUGAGGGAGAGAGAGGGGAGGGAGGCAGCCUGGACGGCAAGUCUGGGAUCAGAGUCCUCGGCAUCAGUCCGGACGGACAACACCUGGCUGCUGGAGACCGCAGCGGAAACCUGCGCAUCUUUGGGUUGCAGUUUAUGGAUGAGCUGCUGAAGAUUGAGGCCCACGACUCUGAGGUGUUGUGUCUGGAGUUCUCUCCCGCGGACACGGGUCUCCAUCUGUUGGCCUCGGCUAGUCGCGAUCGUCUCAUUCACAUCUUCAACAUGGAGAAGAGCUACAGCCUGGAGCAGACUGUUUACGACCAUUCAGCGUCUAUCACAGCCAUCAAAUUCACAGGUGUCGGCCCAGACGUGCGUAUGGUGAGCUGCGGAGCUGAUAAAAGCAUCUAUUUCCGCACGGCGGAGAGGUCACACGAGGGACUGUCUUUCUCUCGUACGCAUCACGUGGUGGAGAAAGCCACACUCUAUGACAUGGACCUAGACUCGACACGCACGCACGCUGCCCUUGCCUGCCAGGACCGCAAUAUCAGGGUGUACAACGUGAGGAGUGGCAAGAUGAAGAGGUGUUUUAAGGGUUCUCUCAGUGAUGAUGGCACCUUGCUUAAGGUUCAGAUGGAUCCUUCUGGAAUGUUCCUGGCCACGAGCUGCUCUGACAAAAACAUCUGUAUCUUUGAUUAUGAGUCUGGAGAGUGUGUGGCUACUCUGUUUGGACACUCAGAGAUUGUAACUGGUAUGAGAUUCAGUCAGGACUGCAGGCACCUCAUAACUGUGUCUGGAGACAGCUGCGUGUUUGUGUGGAGGUUGGACUCUCAGAUGACCAACUCCAUGAGAAAAAGACUUGCAGAGAGAAGACAGAGGUCUGGCCUGAAAAAGUCCCAUGUUGCUCCGAGCAAACAACAAGCCAUCAGGAGAGAGACCUACAUCACUGUGCCAAGCAGUACCCUUCUGCCAGCAGAGGAGGAAGAGGAGGGUGUAAUGAGUGAGGAAGACACAGAGGAGCAUCCUCAAACCCCUGCCAGGGAGGACUCCACUCACGAGCCUCCUGAUCCGAUGGUGCUCCAGACUAACGGCAGACUGCCUAUGUGGGCGCGCAGACUGGGCUGUCAGGGUGCUGCUGGUGCCACUGGUGCUGCUGUUCCCACCGGUCCCAAUCCCGUGCAGUCCACGACGGGCCCGUACCAGCCCCGUGGCCGCUGGGCGGAGCAGUCGGACCCCCUGGCCAUCCGCGCGGUUCUGGAGACCAGGAGUCUGCAGCUGCCCCUCUCUCCCAGCCCCUGCAGGGCAGACGGAGACAGAGGGGAGGAAGAGGAAGAGGAUGCAGUCGAACAGGAGGAAGAUGCCCAUUUCCACCCGCAGAGCCUGGACAGCCUGCUGGACGAGGAAGAGGAGGAUGAUCAUGACGAAGAAGACGUGGGGGAGGAGGACGAAGAUGACGAAGAAAAGGUGACCAGUGGCCAGUUUGGCUCAUCUCUCCAGAGGCCAGACUUCUUACCUCUGCCAGACUCUGAGGAGCUGUUUGGCCCAUGUCUGACAUCUCCUGAACGCAGCGACUAUAUCCUGUAUCCAGCCAACAGCACCACACUGUCUACUGGAGGAGAAGGAGAGUUUGAUGUGAAAGCGAUUUCUGAGACGGCAGAGGAUCCUCCACACAGGAUUUGGCGUGAGGAAGACGAGGAUGAGGAAGAGCUGACCCCAGACAGCGCGUGCUGUGUCGGCUCUGCUGAGAGUCAGGCCUCCAGCCAAGAACCUCCUCUGGACCAAGACGCAGACUCUCUGAGUCAGGUCAGCUCCACGGGCAGUUCUGGAGUCGAGGAAGAGGAGGAGGAAGAACCAGAGACUCUGCUCCGCCAGCACUUUGACACACUGGCCAACAACGUGACCGCGGACGAGAAGUUUGACACGGACCUGCGCAGCCUGCAGCCGUCUGCAGAGAGCAUCUUCCUCAACCCUCGUCUCAGUAUCUCCACACGAUUCCUGUCGCGCUUCCAGAGCCGCAUCCGGGUUGGUCCUGGCUCUGCCACUGCCCACAGACCGACCGCUGUUCUUCCCAGCAUUCCCGACGAGCCCAGCAUCAACACAUCCGACAUGGCCAGCUCAGGGAGUAACUCGAAGCUUUCUUCCAGUGACUCGGGUUCACACUUGAGCUCUGUUGAGGAGGAAAGCAAGAGCGAAAUCACUGACAAGGCUCUGGCAUCACAGUCCAGCCUUCAAAAUAUGGCCCCUCCUAACAACUCGCCCGCCCUCCCUGCCAAAACCGUCAUCGGUGCCCGUGAAAAAGAAGUGACGCCCACCUUGCCCGCCGCGCGGCCUUCUCGCCAAAGCUACAUGGGCACCACGGCCAGCUCGAGGGCCAAGAUGUCCCACAGCACCUCCACGGCAGAGAACCCGAGUGAGGAGCAGGCCGGGAAAUUGGCAGACCAGACCGCUUCCUCUGCUCAGGACCUCAUCGUGCAGCAGGAGUGCAAAGAAAACCUUCCGCCUCCCCUCCCUGGAAACCACAGCGCUCGAGCCGCCCUUCACCUGGACCUCUCCACGUCCGAACGCUCCGGCCGGUCUCCGGCCUCCCACAAGGCCCGGCGGCGCACCCUGGACACGCCCGCCCUGACGGCCUUGGCCACGCCCACAGAAAUGAGGUCGCUGGGGAAGGAGGGGCGGAGACGUAUCAGCAGUAUAGAAGAGAGCCUGGCCCCCCGGGCCUUGCCCUUUACCAAAGGAUCGGUCCCUGUAAGCAAAGCCAUCUCAGAGCAGCCCACCCAGGUCGCAGCGCCGCCAAGGACCAAAGACAAAGCGGAGGCUCCAUCUCGACACCUGCAGGCCGAUACGGCGUCUCCUCCCAAAGAAAGCGAACCAGUUCAGGACACUGCGAGGGAAGAACCAUGUCCAGCGGUCACAGGUGUUGCAGAUGAGACAAUGACCCUCCAGACGUGUAAUCAGAUUGUGAAUGAGAUUUUACAUACUAUGAAGAGAGCAGUGGGUUUGUACAACAAGCUGGACUCAUUGCCAGAGUUAUCAGAGCAGCAGGUUCAGAUGAAACUCAUUCUGCAGGAGGCAUUCACAGGAGUUCAGAGUGAGCUGGACUCGCUGUGCCCUCCGCCGCAGAGGUCAGCCGGAAAGGUCGCAGCAGCGUCCGCGGAGGCCCACCCGGCCGUGGAAGACUCUCCCAGCAGGCAGCUUAGGGACGACCGGGCGGUCGCUCUGCUGGAGAAAUACUCCGAAAUGCUUCUCCGCAUUGCGGAAAAGAAAAUGGACUGCAACUGA